CGAAUUCGACUGGAGGUUUACUUGUGUUGAGUUCCAGUUGAUUAUUGGUUUUGGAAGAUGAAAGAAGAAAGAAAAAACUUAAUAUUUGGUUGUAUCGCUAUUACCGGGGGAAUUUUGAUUAAUUUGACUUUCGGUUACUUCUACACUGUUGCUAAUAUGGUACCCUACAUAAUGGGAUAUGUACAAACAGCAAUAGAUCCUUAUAUAUCCAAUCAAGCUUCCAUAUGGCUAUCAGCUAUUGCUUUAGCAGUUCAAGGGAUUUCAAUGCCUGUCGGUGGCAUAAUAGCUGAUAAAUUGGGAUUUAGAGUGGUGGUUGCAGUGAGCUGUCUUACAAUGAGCGGUGGAGUUCUUUUGACUUACUUCACAAUUCGAACAACUUAUGUUGGCGUGGUUAUAACCUAUGCAGUCUUAAUGGGUUCUGGUUUGGGACUUGGAUACUCAGUAGUACUAACAGUUGCAGCUUCGUGGUUCCCAGAUCAUCGCGGCCUGAUUGUCGGAAUGGUGGCCGGUGGGUUCGGUCUUGGAGCAUUGGUUUUCACGCCAAUUCAAACAGCACUAAUCAAUCCCAAUAAUGUAAAGGUGAAUAAUGUUACAAGACGAUUUACCGAUCCUGAUGUCUUGGACCGUUUACCGUCAGCGUUUCUCAUACUUGGUGGUAUUUUGCUGUUUAUUCAAGUUAUUGGAUUUGGAUUAUUACGUCCUAAACCUACUUCAAAACGUGCAAGUAGUUCAAACACAAGUAAUCCGAAUUACAGCCCAAAGGCAUCAUCCUCACUUAAUGACAAAUCGAGCUUAUCCAGGGAAAUCAAUAUCAGUCCAAAACAAGUUUUUCGUUAUAUUGAUUUUUAUCUAUUAUGGUGCAUAAUGUUCUGUGACAUAAUACCAAUCACCAUCAUUACUUCUGCGUACAAACUAUUUGGUCAAACAUUUAUUAGCGAUGACAGAUUUUUGUCAGCUGUGGCUACAGCUUCAUCAUUGUUCAACUGUGCAGGACGUAUUAUCUGGGGUGAAAUUGUUGAUCGCGUCUCGUUCAAGUUACCAAUGUGCACAAUGUUACUUACCUGGAGUGUAAUUCUGAUAACAUUUCCGCAUAUCUCUCUGUUGACGGGGACAACAUUAAAAGUUUUUUACACUAUAUGGGUACUACUCUUAUUUUUCACAUUGAGCGGUACAUUUGUUAUUCAGCCUGCGGCAACUGGAACUCUGUUUGGUCCUGUUCAUAUGGCUGUUAAUUACGGCUUAAUAUUUAGUGCAUUUGAUUCCAAGUUAGGGCUUGACUCGUGAUCCAGUUUGAUGAUUUCCGCAAUAUAUGUCCUAUCCACCUCCAGCGUCUUUCCCUAAUUAUUUCUUCAGCUGGAAGCUGGUUUCUUCUCUACUAUAACUGUAGGAAGUGUUUUAUGUGCAACGGUAACGACAUUAGUGAGCUAUCAAAAUGCAUAUAUAGUUCAGUUUACUGGCUGUGGUUUUGUAUGCUUGUUCGCAUUCUUUCUUGCCUUAUGGAUUAAAGAUCAAAAGAUGCCUGAAAAGGUCAACCGUUGUCAACUGUGUACUGAUACCUGUCGAAGUUUAAGAAUACCUCAGCCUAUUAGUGUAACUGCCGAAGAACUCGAAAGACUUAAUCAAGCUAAUCCAAACAAUUAAAGAAACACUCGAAAAAAACAAUGCUAAUAUGAUUAUUUUAAUCAACUAAGCUAUAGUUAACUUAGGUUCUUUGAAAACAUGAAUAAUCUUUUCCUGCUCAACAACCAUCAAUCGUUUUGUUCUUUUUUUCCUUCGUUAUGUUUACUACAGAAAUUAUUGAGUUUACCAAAUUGUCUAUGUGAAUUUUAUGAUAUACAGAACAUUUUUUUCUUCUAAAAACCAUCAGAUUUAUAAAACGACUCUUAAAUAGGCAGGAAAAUAACGCACUUUCAAGUAUACAUAAAUAUGUCAUGUUUAUACCAUCUAUGUUUUCAUUUGAAACUGUGUUUGUCAAUGGAUAAUCUUUUUUUAAUUUUCUUGUUUUUAUGCUUUACUUCCUUAUUUUUUUCUUUAACUGGGAAUAAUUCAAAAAUCACUAUUAUUGCUAAUUUGAAUCUAAUGCUUUAUGUUUUAAUUGAUUAAUGUGUGAUUCAUUCCCAAUAUACAUUAGCGAACAUUUUCAUACUGAAGUAAGAAAUAUAUUGUUAUAUUAUAAA